AUGUCAAACUUAAGAUUUUCUCAACUCCUGCUAGCAGUGCUUCUUGCGAGUAGCUACGCCUUGGCAUCGGAAAAGUGUAUAUAUUGUCGAGGUAUUAACUGCCAAAGGAGUAGUUAUGAGGCGGAUGAGCAGUGUUCAGAUAAAUUAGAUGCCUGCGUGAGUGUUUUUCAGGGUGGAAUCAUUCAGGCCCAAGGAUGCCUGGAAAGUCUAGAAGAUGAUUGGAGAGAAAAGUGCAAGGAAAAUGGACGAGGAAAAGGAAUUGAUUGCGAGAUUUGUGUGACCGAAAAGUGCAAUAAUGUGGGCUCCAAAAGAGCCAGCUGUCUUCAAUGUAACAAUACAGAGGAUUCACAGUGUGCUGAAUCUGCUGGACUCCUGAAAGCUGUACAAUGUCCUAUUGCCAGAUCUGGCAGAAGUUUUUGCUAUGCCAGUUUGACAGGAGAUAGUUUGGAAAGAGGAUGUUCUCUGACACUUUCAGAUCAAAUCGAUUGCCUGGCCAAUCCGGAUUGUCAUUUGUGUGAUCCCUUGGAGCAACCUCAUUGCAAUGAUCAACUUGUAAAAACAGAUGAUAGCCCAACGACUGAAGAUCCAACAGAAUCAACAAGUUCAGAAUCUACACCUGAUUCAACGAUAGCAACAGAACCAACAUCGACUCCUACCACAAGUUCAUCCACAAGUUCUUCUACCAGUUCUUCUACCAGUUCUUCUUCAAGUCCCUCAACAGAUUCUUCUAGCAGUACAUCAACAACUUCGCCAGAUACCACCGCAUCCCCCACAGAACCUUCAACCACAGAAGAGAUUCCAUCUACGACGGACAAACCUAAUAUGGCUAUGGGUUUACACGUUUCCAUAUUCCUGAUCUUUGCUCAAUUGGCACUUUGUAUUUACCUUUAGGUUUGAUUCCCACGACCUUCUCCAAGCUCUCUAUCUAUGCACGACUGUUAUUAAAGUAAUUUUUAUGAUAUGACCAUAAAUUAUUGG